CUCUUUUGACUUGAUAUUACUAUUAAAUCUUGUCCUUCUCUGUGUGUGUGUUCACUUGCUUCACCAUGUUAUCCAUAUUACAGUGGAUGGUUCUGAAGUUUGCCGAAACCAGUAACCCCUCUCAUCUCGCUUUAAAGUGGUCUGCUCCGUCUUGCUGCCAUGUUGGAUGUACGCAACGCUGCUGCAGCUUCUGAGUUUCCGAUUGAAAGUUAACCGUUUAUCCGCGUAUAGCUACACAGCGAGCCCGUAUUAUUGUUAUUUAACGCCACACGGAGAAGCUGAAGUUCUGUUUUCAGCAGGAGCAAGCCUGGAAAUACCCCCGUCCUCCUCCGCCCUCCAGCCGGGAGUCGGACUCAGUGGAGAUGAUCCGGUUGCUGUGGCCUGCAACCGGAGCCCGCAUGGAUUUUUUGUAAUCAGUAGUGUUUGCUUAGUCCGUCCGGGGAUAGCUGCAUCGUUUCGGUGUUAACUCGAAGAAUCGGGAGCCAUGAACAGCCACCCGCCGCCCCGCAGAACUGUUAACGUCGGCUCCAUUCUCCUGACCCCGCAGGAGAACGAGUGCCUGUUCGGCUACCUGGGCAGGAAAUGCGCCACUCUGUGUUCGGCGGUGGUCCAGGUUUACGGCGCAGACCGGAGCUGCAGCUGGGUGAAGAGGUGCUGUGGAGUGGCCUGUCUGGUCAAAGACAACCCACAGAGGUCCUACUUCAUCAGGGUGUUUGACAUCAAGGAGGGGAAGACCAUGUUUGAACAGGAACUGUACCAUAACUUUGUCAUCAGCAGCUCCAGAUCCUACUUCAUCUCAUUUGCAGGAGAUAGCUGUCAGAUCGGCCUGAACUUUGCGAGCGAAGAAGAGGCCAAAAGAUUCAGAGCUGCCAUCAAUGACCUGCUCAACCGAAGACAACGCAAAACCGAGAAGAGAGGUGACCCUAAAAAUGGUCCAGCUCUGCACAUGGCCACGGUGGACAUCAAGAACCCGGAGAUCAACAACGUCCGCUUCCACAACUCGCACAGCCACCAGCAGCCGUACCACCUCAACAACAUGCUGAGCCACAGCGGGCUCACCCGCAAGGACAAGAAGACCAAAGGCAAGAAGAAGAAGCUGACCAAGGCGGACAUCGGCACGCCCAGCAACUUCCAGCACAUCGGUCACGUGGGCUGGGAUCCAAACACAGGUUUCGAUCUGAACAAUCUGGACCCUGAACUGAAGAACCUGUUCGACAUGUGCGGCAUCUCCGAGGCUCAGCUGAAGGACCGAGAGACGUCCAAGGUCAUCUACGACUUCAUCGAGAAGAAGGGAGGGGUGGAGGCUGUGAAGAACGAGCUGAGGAGGCAGGCACCCCCUCCACCUCCCUCUCGUGGCGGUCCUCCUCCUCCUCCUCCGCCCCUGCACAGCUCAGCACCGCCCCCUCCUCCUCCGCCAUCCAGAGGGAGCCGUGGAGCCCCUCCUCCCCCUCCUCCAUCCAGAGCCCCCGCCUCAGCUCCUCCUCCACCGCCUCCCUCUAGACCAGGAACUCUUGGUGCUCCGCCUCCUCCACCUCCUCCCACCAGAGGAGGUCACCAGCCCCCGCCUCCUCCCCACCAUCACCACCACCAGCCUCCUCCUCCUCCUCCUCCUCCAUCCUCCUCGCACUCAUCUGUCGCCCCCCAAGCCCCACCCCCUCCGCCUCCCCCAUUGGCCCAGCAUUCUCCACUAAGCAGCAGUGGUGGUUCUGCCCCUGCUCCACCCCCUCCACCUCCUCCUCCACCUCCUCCCCCUGGCCCACCUCCCCCUCCGGAUCUGGAUGGCGUCGGUGGAGGCGGAGACUCUCCUCACUCGCCGAGCCCCGGCGGGAAGUCGGCGCUGCUGGAGCAGAUCAGAGGAGGAACCCAGCUGAAGAAGGUGGAGCAGAACAACAGAGCGCCGGCCUCCAGCGUGGGACGAGACGCCCUGCUGGACCAGAUCCGACAGGGGAUCCAGCUCAAGACCGUGUCCGAUCAUCCAGAGUCCAGUCCUCCAACACCAGCUCCCACUGCCGGCAUCGUCGGCGCUCUCAUGGAAGUGAUGCAGAAGAGGAGCAAAGCCAUCCAUUCCUCAGACGAAGACGAGGAUGACGAAGACGACGAGGACUUCGAAGACGACGACGAGUGGGAGGACUAGCGAGCGUUGGUCUCCUGAACCCCGAGCCCCUCUGCACCUCCCGCUGGCACUAAAAUGUCUCCUCCAAAUCUUCCAGCACCUGACUCGAGCUCUAAUGUAAAUGUUGUAUGAAUCGGCUGUAUAUUUAUUUUUGCCUUUUUUUUGUUUUUGCUUUUUGUUUUUUAUGACGAUUCUAAUUAAUCUGUGCAAUACCUCAUCCGUUAAAUCUGCCACCUCGUCGUUAAGGAGCGCGCGCUUCCCGCCGCCCGUCCUUACAAAGCACUUAACGCAGCCGGCUUCAUGUCUUUAUCAAUAAUCGAUCAUAUGAAACGGGAGCCGCUCCCCGCUGGGGCGACUCUGAAUCGGACACUUCGUGUGCUCCUUGGGAAAUACUUCUUGUGUUAAUCUCUUCGUGUUGUCGUUCCCGGGUUCGGGGGGCGGGACGAGCAGCGACCAAACGGGCGGGAUCCCCUUCGCGUUUGACGGCCGGCGGCUCAGACGUGAGUUGACGCUACGUCCUUAACGUGUUUCCUACUUUGUCACGAACCCUUUGACCAAAAUGCGGCGGCUCGGUCGCCUCGUGUGGAUUUUCAGCUUUUUGUUUUUUAUGAAGUCAAAGCCGUUUAUUUGCACACAGUUUAUACGAUAGUUCAGUUUUGUGUUUUUUCAGGUGUGUGUGUUUUGUCCAAUGGUUUUUAUUUCAUUUCAAGCAGGUUACAGUGAACACUUUUUAAAGCUAAAGAUUUUGUUACAUGGUGACAUGACUGACUUCCUUUGUCUUAAUACAGAAACACACACACACACACACACACAGAGUGGCGUCUGUGAAGCGAACGUUUUGUUCUUCCUGUCUGGUUGGUUGUUUUUGUUGUGACAUCAUUCCGUUAUUUCCUGCGGGAGGAAACCUUAUCGGCGCUCAGUAUUUCAAAUACCGCAUCACGCAGAGAAACUAAAAGAUAUGAAAACUCUUCAUCCUCUUCCGUCCUUCAGUUAACAAACUUAAUUUUAUGCAAUGCGACUGUAAAUGCCUCCGUAUGGAGAAUAAUAAUAAAAAGAUAUAAAAACAGCAAAUAAUAAUAUUGAACCAAAUGUGGCAUUUGCGAGCAGCUCGUGGCGUCGCGGUGGCUGUGAUCCUCGGUGUGCGCGCUCGUUUUAACCGCCCAGCGAGGCCCGAUGCUGCACCGAGCAGCCGAGAUACCGACAGAGAACCUGUGAAAAGGGUCGGGGGGGACAAUGAGAAUACUAAAUUGUAUACUGAAAUAAAUGUUAAUAUUUACAGAGAAA